AUGAAUGCAGAACGAGCCGCCUCGGGCAUUCUUGACCUUAUCAGUGCUAAUAAGAUAUCCGAGGCACAGAUAGCAUUAGAAAAGGCGCUAUUCAAGUACUCCCAAAACAAGAGCGUGCAGGUUGCUGAAGCAUGUUUAUUGCUUCAUAAUAAUCAAGUCUUUAUCGCAAAACAGAAGGCAGAAACUCUCAGUACUCAGGACAUCACCGAUCCCGUAGCAAUUAAUGCCUUGAAAUGCACUCUGCAACGGUGCUGCGCAUGGAAGGCCCUUGCUGCCAUGUAUGAGCGCACUCAAGUCUCUCAAAAUGACAGGAACGCCUUGGAGUCUUUGGCGCUAACGUACGUGCGGGUGCGGGAUUACGCCAAGGUUCAGGAGAUCGCGACACAACUCUAUCGGCGGUUCAACGAUUCGAAGUACCAAGUGUGGUUAGUUCAAGCCUGUCUUGGGCAAGUGCCGCGAGGUAGCAAGGACCACCUCGCCCUCAAGCUCGCCACAAAGCUCCUCGAGGUGGCGAUCCUGACAGAGAAAGGUGUCAUCGUUCCGACGACCGUGCAAACAUAUGUCGAUGUACUGAUUGAACAGGAGAGGUACGACGACGCAGUUGCUUUUCUUUGCAGUAAAAACGGCUCUAGGAUUGGGGUGCUUGAGACGCGUUUGGAGGUGCUGACGCGAAUCCUGCAAGCCCAAGGGCAGCUUGCCAAGGCUAAUGCCGUGGCCAAAUUUCUUUGGAAACGUCGACCAGAAAACUGGGCCCCAUUCGAGGUUUAUGUGAACACCCUCAGUGAUGCCAGUGCAGCGGAAGUGGCUGGGGAGCCGCUGGUGCUAGAGCAUCCUCAACCAUGCCAGGUGGUUACUAUUGAUUGCUCCACGAAGGAUAAUAUUCUAAGUGACGCAUUGCAACUAGCAAGGGAGCUCCAGGCUAAAAAGGCCGACCAAGACGAUCAUAGGCUGCAUCGGGGACCUUUUCUCGCGGAACUUUCGCUUUUGGAGCGCCUUGAUGCUGCUGCUCUUCAGACGGCGGUGCUGGUUUACGCGCAGAAGUUCUACCGCAACCCGUCUUGCUUCCUAGACCUUUCGACCUUUUUGACAAGUCAGUCGAGCGUGGCAAUCCACACUUGGGCUAUGAACGAGGAGGCAGCAAUCGACGACGGCGAUGAGGCUAGCCGGGUAAGGAAUCAUUACCGCCGUAUUUUGGGGCUACGUUGUCUUGUUGCAUCGUGGGGCAUCACAACUGUGUCGCAACCCGCUACAGAAGAAAUGCAGGCGUUAAUGCAAACGUGUGUCUCGGCGUACAACGACGCAAAGCCCCUGUCGACAUCACUCGCCUGGAGCGAGGAGGGUUUGUGUGACGGGUACAUCAGCGUCGCUCUCAACAUCGCCCUGCGGGGAUAUUUAAGCCACAAUAAAGACCUUCAAUGGAUUGUAAACGCGCUUAAUAUGCUUGGACACGUGGAUCGUCGCAUGAACAAUCCGAGCUGGCUCAUUUUUUCGGUGUGUUUUGCACAAAUGCUGGGGCUGGUGGAUACGGCGGCACUUCACCAAUUGGCCUUUCGGAGUGUGCAACAUGACACAAUGACCCAUAUAGGUUACUGGCCGUUGGUGCGCGGCUUAGCACUGGAGGAGCUAACUAUCUGGGAAAAUACGGCUAUGGAGCACUACUCACGGCUCGAACGUGACUGCAGUCAACUGCGCACCAAUGUAUUUACGUAUAUUUCGUGGCCCGCCAUGAAGGACGUGUGCGAAUUUGAGAAGAAUCAGGAAAACUCCUUGUCUCGUUGGCUCAUCAUUCCACACGAGUGUGCUUCGAAGCUUAGGGAAUGUCAGACGCAGAAAAGCAUUAUCGAGCUUUUGACGUUAAAAGGGCCGGAGCUUUGGUACGCAUCUCAGAAAUUCUACGCAGAAAAAGUGAAUCUGCUAACCGACAGCACUGAUUGGCUUGUGGUGAAGUCCGUUGUGCUAGCCAACAUCCACUCCACUGAGGCUCAACAACUGACAGAGACUCUGGUUGGAAUGCCUACCUUUGAGUGGCGACUAGCACGUGGUCUCCAAUUACUGGAAAGCCUGUUAGUCCUGCAUGACAUAGUGAAGCUGGAACGGUAUCGUCACGAGCUUGACACCGCCUCCAAGUCGAGGAAAUCGAACAAAAAGGCUACGCAAGACACAAGUAACAUUCAGAGCUCACUCCCGCAGCUGUAUUGUCCUUCUCUUUUGAAUCUUCGGAAGGGUAAAGAACAAUGGAACAGCCGGUUCUCGGACUGCCUGCCGUCGGUCAACACUAUUUUGGAAGGGCUAUUGUCCUACAUUUUAUCCAAUGGGGCCAUUGCGGUGCCGUAUGGUAAUGCCUUUGAAGAUUAUCUUCAAUCACUCGUCUCAGUGGAUGCCUCCUCGGAGAGUUUUGAAGCAUUUCUGUAUCCCGAAGCGUACAUCUUGGCGUCUAUGGUGAGAACUGGUGAUCGGUCCAAAAUGCCCAUCAAAGAAUGGGCCAUGGCCCUGCAUCGAGUUUUAGAAGCUGCUCAGAGCCGUUAUGAGAGAGGGGUAUGGCCAACAGUGACAGUAGUGCCCGAUGAUCUGGUAGGAAGCUUAUCUCAAGAAAAACUGAAGCGCGUCAAAAGGUACCUAAAUGAUUUGAUUCUCGAUGUAGCCGCGUCUUCUCGACGAAAGUAG